UACGGGGUUUAUACGUAUUUUAGUAACCUAGUAAUUUUAGUAUUAUGUUUAGUUGUCAGAUUAUUACUAUUUCGGAUUAUUGGGAACAUUUCGCGAAUCCAAGACCGAGGUGAGCCAAACCGGGCCCGGACGGGCCGGAGUGGGUCGACCGGAAGUGGGUCGAAUUGGACAUCGGUCGAGUCCGACUGUUCAGCAAACCAGAAGGGUGGACAGCAGGGAAUCAGACGGCUGGGAGGGUCCGUACGGGGCACCUCACAUCCUAGGAGGGUACCCAAACCUGCAAGGCAGCUACCCGGGUGACUAUGGAUAUGGGAAUCCAAGCCAGGUUCAGAGCUCUCUGUUUGGGCAGCCGUGGAGGACCCCAGGAAAUGACAGGUAUGGGUCUCACUAUAUGGACUAUGAAGGAAUGGAUGGAGUAAUUUUUCGAGCUAAGCCUCCUACCAUUGAGUUUCCAAAAUUCAAUGGGCAAGAGGAUGCAGGCCUUUGGUUGUAUGCAGUUGAGAGGAAAUCACCCAAUUCCGGAGAAAAGGAAGGCUUAUCUGGCAUCGUUCUAUUUGGAGGGAGAUGCGCUCCAAUGGUGGAUGGAGAGAUCCUAUGCAGCCGCAGCCACUUUGAUCGCCUGGCCUAUGUUUCAGGAGGAGCUCCGCUAUCAGUUUGGGAAAUCAGAUGGGUGGGCUCCUGAGCAGUUGGCAAAGCUGAAGCAGACCGGCACGGUGGCUGAAUACCGUGCGGAGUUCUUCAAGUUGGGGAACCAGUGUAAAGGAGUCUCAGAGGACACCUUGGUGGGGCUGUGCAUGGCGUGUCUUAAGCCCGAGAUAGCCGCGACAGUUAGGGUAUUCGAGCUCGAUUCCUUGAAAACUGCUUUUCGUCUUGCAGGUCAUAAGGUGGAAGAACUGGCUAGUUGGAGGAGCACCAUUGGCCGCUUCUCGAAGUCAGGAGGAGGUGGAGGAAGCAGUGGGAACGGUGGCGGCUUGGGAAGGGCGCCAGUGGGCAGCGCGAGCGCAGCUAACAAUGGCAGUGGAGGCCCUGCACCGGUGGCUAGGAUGGGACCACGGGCCAUUCCCAAGGGGUUCGUGCGACUGUCUCUGGCCAAGGUCGAGCAAAAGAGGCGGAGGGCAAAUGUUUCAAUUGUGAUGGUCGGUUCACCAUCGGUCAUCAAUGCCCGAAGCCGGACCUGAUGAUGUUAGUGGGGCGUUGGGAAGAUGAAGCGGAAGACGCAGCCAAGGAUGCCCGGAUUGGAGAGGAGGCGACCCAGUGAGCUCGAGGAGCAACCUUGGGGACAAGGUUGAUUUUCGAAGGAAACGGGGAUGAUAGAAACCUAGUAAUUUAGUAUUAUGUUUAGUUGUCGGAUUAUUGCUAUUUCGGAUUAUUGGGACCAUUUCGGGAAUUGGGAAUAAAUUAUAUGUGGGUAGUAGUAGGUAAUUGUCCAAUUAUUAUAAAUAUUACUUGUAAGUGGGAUUAGGCCACUAAGCAAGAAUUAACCUAAACCUAAACUCUCAAUUCCCUCUCCCUUCCUCUCUCUCUCUCUCUGCCGACCCAACUCCUCUUCCCCCUCUCUCUUUGGUUGCGCGGCAGCAACUUCCCCUUCCUCUCUUCUUCUGAUCGAAUCCCAAUUUCAACUAUUCUUCCCAAUUCCCAAUUAGCCGGAUCAAUCCCUAGUUGAUCCUAAUCCCUAAUCAACCGAUAGAACUCGUAUUCUAGUUCUAUAAGUUGUAUGGUACAAAAGUAGUGAAAUCCCCCGAUAUUGUCAGUAAAGAUGUUCUGCAGAUUCUUAUGUAUAGAGUUGCGAGUGUAGACCUACUAGGCCAAAGUUUGGAUGUGAUAGGGCUGAGAUUAUAGGGUUUUUUUGUUGCUCUUCUUGAUGGUUGUACAACUUGUUUGAGAGGUUUUAUGCCUGUUCUUAAUAAAAAUUUUGAUUUAACCAUAAUAAAACAGUUUAAUUUAUUAAUACGGAUAUUAAACGUGUUAUACGGGGUUUAUACGUAUUUAGUACGAGAGUCAUCAAAUGAACGGGAGAAAAUGAAACGACUUGACAAUAAUACGAAUACGAAAGUUUUAAACGGAUACAAUACGUACGAGUAUAUAUACGUGUACUAAACGGAGUAUUGACUAACUAUGAUUCCUGUGAUUCUUGGAAAUUAUUGGGUGAUUUGCGAUUUUUAAGUGAUAUUUUUCUCUUUUUGUGAAUAAUUUUCUUGCCACUUUUUCACCGUAGAUUUGAUAUUUAAGUCUUCUGUCUAAAUUGUUUUGAAAUGAAAUCUAACAUUGUUGUUUGGUAUAUAUGUAUUUCAUUGUUGUUUGGUAUAUAUGUAUUUCAUAAGUUUUUUGAAAUGAAAUUUUUUUGCUUGGUAUUUAAAAGAAUUCAUUUUCAAUUCUAAAAUUUGAAUUCUAAGAAAUUGUAACUAGUUAGGACAAUGUUAGUUGAAAUUUAUAAAUGAAUUCUAAAAGAAUUU